AAAAAUAAUCAUUUUCACCCCUCCUCCUUCUUUUCUUUGUCUCCAUCUUCAAAUGUCCGUAUAUUUGAAACACAGCGAAGGAGAAGACUUGUUCAUGAACUUUUCUUUCUUCUCAUGAAAUUGAGAAAAUCUCUAGAAGCAUAACCGUUCCAGGUGUUAAGACAACCAUCUCCAAUGGAAGAAGAAAGAGAAAGCAUUUACGAGGAUAUGAGUUGUUUCGAUCCCAACAUUCCGGCACAAGUUACGGCGGAGAGCAGCUCCGGACCACCACCACCACCGCCGCCGCAAACUAUGGUCGCAGGAAGCACGAGCAACAGCAACUGCAGCGUCGAUGUGGAAGAGCUCCCUGAGUUCCAUCUAAGCCCACAAGACUGUCCUCAACCUUCCUCAACACCUCUGCAGUUCCACAUCAACCCUCUCCCUCCUCCUCAAUACCAAAACAACGACAUCGAUCUGAUCCACCAGAUGGCUCAUGAUCAACACCAACAACAACAAGUGAACUGGGAGAAUGGUUACCAAGAUUUCGCCAACAUGGUUCCAAACUCUUCAACGACUCCUGAUUUGCUUAGUCUCUUACACUUGCCUAGAUGCUCCCUCCCUCAAUCUAUGCUCCCUAACUCCUUCUCCGACAUCAUGUCUUCUUCCUCCGCUGCUGCCGUCAUGUACGAUCCCCUAUUCCAUCUGAACUUCCCUCUCCAGACUCGAGACCACCAGAGAAACGGUUCUUGUUUUCUUGGAGUUGAAGAUCAGAUUGAUCAGAUGGAUGCUAAUGGAGGAGGGAUCAACAUGAUGUAUUAUGAAGGAGUCAACAACAACAACAAUGGUGGGUUUGACAAUGGGGUUCUUGAGUUUAGCAGUGGUGGUGGUAACAACCGUAAAGGAAGAGGAUCAGGAAAGUCCAGAACUUUCCCUACUGAACGUGAAAGAAGAGUUCACUUCAAUGAUCGCUUCUCCGACCUCAAGAGCCUCAUUCCAAAUCCCACUAAGAAUGAUAGAGCAUCCAUCGUUGGAGAGGCGAUAGAUUACAUCAAAGAGCUGUUGAGGACCAUAGAGGAUUUGAAGAUGCUUGUGGAGAAGAAAAAGUUUGGGAAAUUCAGGAGCAAGAAGAGAGCUAGAGUUGGUGGAGAAGAAGAAGAAGAAGAAGAUCAAGAAGGAGAAGGAGACACUGUGGUUUACAAGCCGAAGAGCGAAGUAGACCAGUCUUGCUUCAACAACAACAACAAGGCACUGAGAUGUUCUUGGCUGAAGAGGAAAUCGAAAGUCACUGAGGUGGAUGUACGCAUAAUUGAUGACGAAGUGACAAUUAAGGUUGUUCAGAAGAAGAAGAUUAACUGUUUGUUGUUCACAACCAGAGUUCUUGAUCAGCUUCAGCUCGAUCUUCACCAUGUUGCAGGUGGACAGAUUGGUGAGCAUUACAGCUUCUUGUUCAACACUAAGAUUUGUGAAGGAUCUUGUGUGUAUGCAAGUGGAAUUGCAGACACAGUGAUGGAGGUUGUGGAGAAACAGUACAUGGAAGCUGUUCCACCCAACGGCUACUGAGAGAAAAGUGGUGCUUAAUUGCUUUUUUUUUAAAAUAACUUUGUUUUACUCUCUAAUGACUGAUGAGUUAUUAAUCACUUUGGUAAUCUUUAAGUUAUGGAUUUCUUUUUU